CGAGGCCCUAGUACACCGCCGGCUGCAGCGACAUGGAGGGAGCUCCGUCGCACCGAGGGGCCGGAACAUGACGCAGCUGAAGCGGACCCGUGCCGAAUUUCGCGGCGAAAGCCAUCGGCGCUCCGAGGCGGGCUCCAGGCGCCACAACAAGGCCCGCGGCGCGCCCUGUCGAUACGACCGAUAAUUGGAAGAGCGGCACUGCGGCCUGUUUCGCGAGGGUUUGAUCAAGGGUUCACUGGUCAAGGGUCCAUUCGGUCCAAGGGCCCCACCAAGGACCGGCCUAGGAUUGGACCUGCACUGAACACGGGUCUGAACAAGGAUCGGACCAAAAAGCUGAGCAAGGAUCUGCACUAAGGGUCCGCCCGAUAAGAAUCCGCCAAGGGUCUGAUCAUGUUCGGCAGGAUCCAAGCUGGCUUUAAGUGCGGUGCAUUCGUCCUGCUCCUCAGCUCCUUGGCCCUGCUGGCGGCUACCAUCCCGACGGCCACGUGCACGGAGACGUCGCUCGGCCGAAGCGCCGGCAGGCCCAAGCGGCAUCUGCACUUCGUUGUCGGAAGAAAGCGGAAGCCGGGCCGUCACGACGGUGGCGACGCAACGGUUAUCGACGCUGGCAGUAACGGCAGCACCGUGCUGGUCGGGAGCCUGUCCUCCGGGAGCACCGCGUCUUCCGGGGUAAACGUCGGCGGUGGCGGUGGCGGCACGCCCCCCGGAAGUGCUGGAGUGAACAUCGGCGCCAGCGGGGACGCCGCGAGCCGCGUCGGUACCAACGGCCAGUCUCCCGAUAGCGGCGGGAACGCCUACGCCGCCGGGGGCUACGCACCUGGCAGCUACCCGUCGGGAAGCUACACGCCAGGCAGUUAUUCGUCUGGCAGCUACGACCCAGGGAACUAUAACCCAGGCAGCUACACCCCAGGUAGCUACGCCCCAGGAAGCUACACCCCAGGAAGUUACACCCCAGGCAGCUACACCCCAGGCAGCUACACCCCAGGAAGCUACGCCCAAGGGAACUACGCACAAAGCGAAUACUCUGCUGCUGCCACCGACCAAUGGGCGGCGCCACUCGGCUACGCUAACGGCGGCGUCUCCGGCGGCUACUCCGGCGACCGCACUGGCAUCGGAGAGGGCGCGGCCUUUCCAGGCGCAGUGGGCUACGCAGCGCAGGGCACGUCAACCCAGGGCGGCGGUGGCUUCGACAGCAGUGGUCCUACUCGAUUCUCAGCGGGAAUGGGCGGGCCAGCGAGUUACAUAGACGGCCGUGGCCCCGACAACGCAGACAGUGGCUCACUCGACAUCGCUGUGGGUGGCGCUGACGGUACUCAGGGCGGGGAAUCUGGAUCUUGGUCGGGCAAGAGGCCACACUCAAACGUGAACGUCAAUUUUGGGAACAAUGAUGGGGUGGUUGUGGGCCAGCAGGGCCAGGGUGCGAGUGGGGGUCGCAGAGGACAAAGUUCUAGUUUUUCUGGCGAGGGCGGAGGCGAAAACAAAGCGGGUUCCGGUGGCGAGGAAGGCGGUUUGGCGGGUGGCAGAACUGGUGCGGGGGCGACCGCGCAGGAAAAUUUCUCAGACAGUAAUGUUCCUUUUCCGCGCCCGCCGCAGGGGCCGCAGGGCUGGGGUGGCGGCGAGUACCGUCCUCCUGGAAUGCGGCCCCCGGUAAACACGGGUACUAACGGCGGCACCAAUGUUGCUCGCCCCGAUUUCCAGGCAAACUUUCAAAAUUCGGCCAACCAGCAGGCUGCUGCAGCGGGGUCUGCGUCUCUACCGUAUUCACAAAAUAGAGAGCCGGGGCCAAAUUCACAAUAUCAGUUUUCAGGUGGGGGGUCAGGUGGAGAGGAGUACAGACCUGAACAGUCAGACGAUGGAUACGCAGAAGCACCGUCGCCGCCUAUCAUGAUGAGUGGGCAGGGCUAUUCCAACGCGGGGGUCAAUAUUGGUGGCGUUGGAAGUGUUCCCAAUCCUGCGGAAUCGCAGAGGCCACUCUCACGGCCGAGCAGCGGCAACGCGCCAAGUACAAUCCACCUGGGACCGCAAACAAUUGGGCAAAAUUCUGCCAUCCGGCCUGGCCACCUUCGUCCGCCAAAUCUAUCCGUAAGUAGUUCAAAUGUCGGUGGAAGUUUGCAGAGUGCGAGUAUGACUGGGAGCAAUUCAAACGUCCCUCGCCCUCAACAAAUACCAGAAAAGCUGCCGUCUGGAGGUGGUUGGCAAGGAGCUCGACGAAACAAUUCUCGUCCUUCCGGCAUGGCUGGUAACCUUCCGUCUGCUGGUGGUAGUAUGGUUGGCGGAAGUGGAAAUUUUCCUCACCCUCGGCCAAUGCCAGAAAAUAUAUCACCUGAAAAUGGUAUGCAAGGCGGGCGACCAAACUAUUCCCGUCCUCCAGGCAUGACCGGUAACUUCCCUACCGGAGGUAGUAAUAAUAAUUUCCCGCGCCCCCAAGCGAUUUCGGGAAACUUUUCAUCAGGUCAGAAUCAUCAAGCUGGACGACCGCACUUUUCCACUCCGUCAGGCAUAUCGGUUAACCUCCCUGCUGGUAAUGGGGGCAGUGGCAAUUUUCCUCGCCCUCCAUCAACAUCAGAAAACCUGUCGUCCGGAACCGGCGGUAUGCAUGGUGGGCGGCCAAAUUUCCCCCGUCCUCCAGGCAUGUCGGGUAACUUCCCUUCUGCUGGUGGGGCUGGUGGAAACUUUCCUCGCCCUCAGUCAAUGCCAGAAAAUCUGUCACCAGGAACCAGUGGCAUGCAGGGUGGAAGACCAAAUUCUUCUCGUCCUCCAGGCAUGUCGGGUAACUUCCCACCUGCUGGUGGCGGCAGUGGAAACUUACCUCGUCCUCAGUCAAUGCUAGAAAAUUUGCCAUCCGGAGCGGGCAGCACGCAGGUUGGGAGACCAAACUUUUCCCGUCCUCAAGGCAUAUCAGGAAACUUUCCUUCUGCAGGUGGAGGCAUGCCUGUGGGCAAUGGAAAUAUGCCUCGCCCUCCAUCAAUGCCAGAAGGCAUGUCAUUUGGAGGAGGCAUGCAAGCUGGGCGACCAAAUCUUUCUGGCCAGUCCGGUAUGUCAGGGGUAGGGGGAGGCCUGUCACAAGGUGGGAGCGCGGGACUCCCAAGCAAGCUACCUGGGACAAGUGGUGGGUUGUCUAGCGUGGGUGGUAGCUUGCCAUCCUUACCCAAACCCCCAAGCAUGUCAGGUCUGCCGGGUAGUAAUAUGCCUUCCUUUCCUCGUCCUCCAAAUGUAGGCGGAGGAAUGCCAAAUUUUUCACAACCACCCGGACUGGGAGGAGGGCUUCCAUCAGGUGGUGGUGGUAGUGGGCUAUCAGGAAACAUCCCUGUAGGAAGUAUGGGGCUGCCAACCUCCGGAUCUGGCUUACCAAGGCCUCCAAGCAUAUCGGGAGGAAACUUGCCUUCCUUGCCCCGCCCACCAGGGCUUUCAGGGAUGGGCGGGGGAAUGCCCAAUUUUUCACAACCACCUGGACUUGGAGGAGGGAUUGCGUCAGGUGGAGGCGGCGGGCUUUCAGGCAACAUUCCUGGAGGAAGUGGGGGUUUGUCAGGCAUCAGUUCUGGUCUGCCAAAGCCUCCUAAUAUAUCGGGUGGAAAUUUGCCUUCCUUGCCCCGUCCACCAGGAAUGAGUGGAGGAAUGCCUAAUUUUUCCCCACCCUCCGGAUUGGGAGGAGGGCUUUCCUCAGGCGGAGGUGGUGGGCUUUCAGCCAACAUUCCUGGGGGAAGUGGGGGGUUGUCAGGCAUGGGUUCUGGCCUGCCAAAGCCACCAAGCAUAUCAGGCGGAAAUUUGCCCCGUCCACCAGGAUUUAGUGGAGGAAUGCCCAAUGUUUCCCCACCAUCCGGAUUGGGAGGAGGGCUUUCUUCAGGCGGAGGCAGUGGGCUUUCGGGGAACAUUCCUGGGACAAGUGGUGGGUUGGCAGGCAUGGGAUCAAACUUGCCCGGCUUGCCAAAACCACCAAGCCUGUCGGGAAGCCUACCGAGUGGUAGUUUACCAUCCCUGCCCCGACCGCCAGGACUUUCGGGAAUGAGUGGAGCUUCUGCACUACCCGGAACGGGCGGCAAUUCACCUGGGGGCACCUUACCAAUGGGAAUAGGGUGCGGUCACAUGUCUGGUCACCACCAACACCACCAACACAUGAUGCAGGUGAUGCACGAUAAAGCCGAGACGGUCAAAGCCAUUCUGGAAACUGCGGGCAGGGUGGCGAGCAGCAUGCAAGGAGGUGGAGGGCUGCAGGGCAUGGGAGGUGGUACAGCAAAUCAAGGUGGAGGUAUCGGCGGAAGUUUACCUACGCUACCUAGCACUCCUCAGUUGCCAGGAAUGGGAAGUAGUGGUUUAGGUGGAAGUGGAGGACUGUCUGGGGGAAGCAUGCCUAAUUUGCCAAGUGUGCCAGGAAUGGGCAGUGGUUCAGGUGGUGGUGGAGGUAUAUCGGUAGGAAGCAUGCCCAAUUUGCCAAGUGUGCCAGGAAUGGGUAGUGGUGGUCUAGGUGGAAGUGGAGGUCUAGCGGCGGGAAACAUGCCUAAUUUGCCAAGUGUGCCAGGAAUUGGAGGUGGCUUGGGCAGUAGUGGCCUUGGUGGUGGAAGUCUGCCCAAUUUACCAAAUAUUCAAGGCGUUGGAGGAGGUCUAGGGAGCGGUAAUUUGCCUAGUUUGCCUAGUGUACCGGGUUUUGGAAGUGGUGGACUCGGAGGGGGAGGAGGGCUUGGCGGAGGGUCUCUCCCUAGUUUGCCAAGCUUACCAAAUCUGCCAGGAGUUGGAGGAGGCAUAGGGAAUGGGGCACUUCCACAUUUACCAAGUUUGCCUGGAAGUGGUGGGAGUCUGGGAAGUAGUGUCCUCGGGGGAGGUGGCAAAGUAGGCGGGGCAAGCGUCCCUGGGAUACCUCAAUUGCCACGUCCGCCGAGUAUACCGAAUGUGUUUGGGUAAAACGUAAGUUAAGUGAAAAAGAGUUUAAUUUAAGAAAUAAUACGACUGAUAAAAAUUUUACAAAUAAAUGUACUGUUAACGAUCAAUGUUUGCCAUUUUUC